CAGUCAGGGUUAGUAGGGAAGCCCAGUGCAGGAGGAAGAAUAUCUCUUCCCUCUCUGGAGAGCUCAGCUGUGUCGCAAUCCCCACAGACACGACCACCAUGUGGCUCCCUGCAAUACAAACUUUCCUCUGUCUGGCGUCUGUUUUGUUUCUCCGUGUUUCUGCAGACCCCAGCGCUCCUGAGGUCCACACAGCACUCGGAAGUCUAAAAGGUGAGUAUGUGAGUGUGAAGGGGAAGGAGACUGGGGCCUAUGCCUACCUGGGUAUCCCUUUUGCCAAGCCACCUGUGGGUCCUGCUCUGAGACUGGCUGCACCUCAGCCUGUAGAGGCAUGGGGAGGAGUGAGAGAUGCCACCAAGCAGCCAGCCUUAUGUAUUCAACCGAGAGCAAUGACCAUGGAUGUGAUUGACACAAUGGAAGGCAUGAACGUAGAUCUCCCAGACGCUUCAGAGGAUUGCCUUUACCUCAACAUCUACACUCCUGCAAACAGAGCCAAUGAUGCCAAGCUCCCAGUUAUGGUCUGGAUCCAUGGUGGAGGUUUUACCUUAGGAUCAGCAUCUAUAUAUGACGGCUCUGCCCUGGCUGCUUACCAGGAUGUGGUUGUGGUUCUGAUCCAGUACCGCCUGGGAAUUCUGGGCUUUCUCAGCACUGGAGAUGAACACAUGCCUGGGAAUGUUGGCCUCCUGGACCAGGUGCAAGCUCUGAAGUGGGUCCAGCAGCACAUUCACAACUUUGGAGGAAACCCAGAUUCAGUUACUAUAUUUGGGCAGUCUGCUGGUGGAGUGAGCGUGUCCCUCCACCUUCUUUCACCAUUGACUGAAGGACUCAUCCACCGCGGCAUUGCUGAGAGUGGUACCGCUGCAAUGGAUAUACUCAUGACCAAUGAUCCUCUGCCAAUGGCACAGCACGUUGCAAAUAUGUCGGGCUGUAGUCUUGACAGCACACAGAAGAUCGCUGAUUGCAUGAAAAACCUUGAUCUUGAAACAAUCUUGGACCUUGGGAUGGAUCAAAGCGUGAGACUUCCCAUAAAUGUUGAUGGGCACUUCCUGAGAAAACCUGUGGAUGAGCUUUUCAAUAAGCAUGAACUUCUCAAGAUCCCCUUCAUGACCGGCAUCAAUAAUGAUGAAGGGAGCUGGUUACUUGUUGAUUUCAUGUCUCCUAAAAACUGGACAGAGGGACUUGACCUGGAGACUGUCAAGAGCUUGCUCUCUAUCUUUCACCCUGAUCUAGUCCUCUCAGAUUUGCUCAUUAAUGAAUAUAUGGGAAAUGGUGAAGAUCCUGUGAAGAAUCGAAAUGGUUAUACUGAGCUUAUAGGAGAUCUGUUAUUCACAGUUCCAGGCAUCAAGUCUGCAAAUGCCCACAGAGAUGCUGGUGCACCUGUGUAUCUGUAUGAGUACCAGCAUCCCCCCCAGUUCCUGCAGUCAAAUAGGCCUAGCUUUGUGAAAGCUGACCACGGAGAUGAAAUCUUUGCAGUGUUAGGGUAUUGCUUCACAACUAAACAUGUGACAUUACAAGAUGCAUGCCCUGAAGAGGAGGAAGAGUUGAGCAAAAUUGUGAUGAGCUACUGGGGCAACUUUGCUCACACAGGGUCUCCUAAUGGGGAAGGUCUUGUUCACUGGCCAAAGUAUGGAGCAGAAGAAAAGUACCUGAAAAUUGAUUUGAAGGAGCAGACAACUGGUCAGCAGCUGAAGAAGGACCGCUUCGACUUCCUGAGUCAGACCCUCCCAGAGAAGAUGAAACAGCGUAAAGAAAACAUGGAUCAUACUCCUGAGGUCCACACAGCACUCGGAAGUCUAAAAGGUGAGUAUGUGAGUGUGAAGGGGAAGGAGACUGGGGCCUAUGCCUACCUGGGUAUCCCUUUUGCCAAGCCACCUGUGAGCCCUGCUCUGAGACUGGCUGCACCUCAGCCUGUAGAGGCAUGGGGAGGAGUGAGAGAUGCCACCAAGCAGCCAGCCUUGUGUAUUCAGCCAAGAGCAAAGCUCGUGGAUCUGUUUGACAAAAUGGGUGGCUUGAACGUAGAUCUCCCAGACGUUUCAGAGGAUUGCCUUUACCUCAACAUCUACACUCCUGCAAACAGAGCCAAUGAUGCCAAGCUCCCAGUUAUGGUCUGGAUCCAUGGUGGAGCUUUUGCUAUAGGAUCAGCAUCUGUGUGUGACGGCUCUGCCCUGGCUGCUUACCAGGAUGUGGUUGUGGUUCUGAUCCAGUACCGCCUGGGAAUUCUGGGCUUUCUCAGCACUGGAGAUGAACACAUGCCUGGGAACGUUGGCCUCCUUGACCAGGUGCAAGCUCUGAAGUGGGUCCAGCAGCACAUUCACAACUUUGGAGGAAAUCCAGAUUCAGUUACUAUAUUUGGGGAGUCUGCUGGUGGAAUGAGUGUGUCCCUGCUGCUUCUUUCACCAUUGGCUGAAGGACUUAUCCACCGCGGCAUUGCUGAGAGUGGUACCGCUGCAGUUGAUAUGCCCAUGAUCAAUGAUCCUCUGCCAGUGGCAAAGCACUUUGCAGAUAUGUCAGGCUGUAGUCUUGACAGCACACAGAAGAUCGCUGAUUGCAUGAAAAACCUUGAUCUUGAAACAAUCUUGGACCUUGCGAUGGAUCAAAGCGCGAGACCUUUCGUAAAUGUUGAUGGGCACUUCCUGAGAAAACCUGUGGAUGAGCUUUUCAAUAAGCAUGAACUUCUCAAGAUCCCCUUCAUGACCGGCAUCAAUAAUGAUGAAGGGGGCUGGUUACUUGCUGAUUCCUUGGCUCCUAAAAACUGGACAGAGGGACUCGACCUGGAGACUGUCAAGAGCUUGCUCUAUAUGUUUUUCCCUGAUCCAGUCCUCUCAGAUUUGAUCAUGAAUGAAUAUAUGGGAAAUGGUGAAGAUCCUGUGAAGAAUCGAAAUGGGUAUACUGAGCUACUUGGAGAUAUGACAAUUUUAGUUCCAGCCAUCAAGUGUGCAAAUGCCCACAGAGAUGCUGGUGCACCUGUGUAUCUGUAUGAGUACCGGCAUCCCCCCCAGUUCCUGCAGUCAAAUAGGCCUAGCUUUGUGAAAGCUGACCACGGAGAUGAAGUCUUUACAGUGUUUGGGAUUUGCUUCACAACUAAACAUGUGACAUUAAAAGAUGUAUGCCCUGAAGAGGAGGAAGAGUUGAGCAAAAUCGUGAUGAGCUACUGGGGCAACUUUGCUCGCACAGGGUCUCCUAAUGGGGAAGGUCUUGUUCACUGGCCAAAGUAUGGAGUAGAAGAAAAGUACCUGAAAAUUGAUUUGAAGGAGCAGACAACUGGUCAGCAGCUGAAGAAGGACCGCUUCAUUUUGUUGAGUCAGACCCUCCCAGAGAAGAUGAAACAGUGUAAAGAAAACAUGGAUCAUAGUGAGCUGUAGAUAUAGUCUCCUGUCCUUUCUCUACCUUGUAAUUUUUUUCAGUUGAUUCCAGAUUAAAUCCCCAAAAAAUCAGCUGGAAACACAUUAGACAUAGAAUGAAACGUUUGAUAUACAAAGUGGAUAUUGUGUUCUAAAAAACUCACAUACUUGUGUUUAAGCCUGUGUAAAUCCAGUGUUUUCCACACACAGACUAUAUUUAAACAGAAAAGACUUCACACAAGUUUAUUAAGCAUUUAUUUUGCAAAUUUAAAAGGAAAUGUGCAAUGUCGUUGGCGAUUAGACUCCAUCAUGAUGACAAAAUGUACUUGCAGGGGUAGUGUGGAAAAUGGCAGGAAUAGAACACCCCCCUUUGUAGUCUUGACUCUGGUGGGGGUUUUGAUGAGGGAUGCAGGAUCAGAUGAGGAGUAGACUUCUGACUUCUUUUCCUACCUUAAUUUUUUAGUUAUGCUAUUUUAUAUUUUAGUUCUUAGGUUUUAUUUGUACUGAGGUUUUACUUAUUUUUAUCCUUUUAUCAUUUUUAGGAUCUCCAGUGUUUCCUCUGGGGGAGCCCUCUGCACCGGGAGCAGUGGUCGGCUAUGGCUGCAGGGGUCUGUCUCGUGGGUUCCUGGUGGAGGUUUGGUGUCUCUGCCUCAUCCCUCCUCUGGGUCCUGCGUCGGUGUCCUGUAGCUGUGGGUGACUCGCUGCUCCUGGUGCAGACGGCCCCUCUGAUGGCGCUUUCUCAACUGGUUCAUCUGUACUCAGCCUCUUGUACUCAGCCUAAUGUCCACUAUUUUAGUGUGUGUGUGUGUGUGGGGGGGUGUGUUUGUGAAACGGUGUGUGUGAGUGGGUGUGAGUGGGUGCACAUGUAACUGUUGUCUGUAGGGUGGU